CAGGUGUGUAGGAGUUUCUAGCCUGAGGAGUCUGGCAGCUGCAAAGCUCCAGACCUACCUCCUCAUAGCUUUGCCUUACUCUAAGAGAACUCAUCAAAGAAGAAGAUAUGGCUGUCAGAAGCCUGCCAAUUGUGGUCCAGGAAUCAUUGACAUUCAAGGAUGUAGCUGUGCUCUUCAGCCAGGACGAGUGGGGGCACCUGAACCCUGCCCAGAGGGCCUUGUAUAGGGAUGUGAUGCUGGAGAACUACAGCCACCUGGUCUCACUAGGACUUUUAGGACCCAAACCAGAUAUGUUUUCUCAGAUGAGAAAAGGGGAAGAAUGGAUGCUGGACGAUGCCUCAGGAGGCUCCUAUCUUGACUGGAUAACUAUGCCCAUGAGUAAGAAAUCCACUCUCAAGGCAGAUAUUCCUGAUGAAGAACUGGAUCAAUGGAAGAGAAAGGGAAGAUUCACUACAGGUUGUCACUGGAAAUAUGAUAGCCGGUUAGAAGAGCAGUGUGGAGGCCAGGAGAUAAAUUUGCAACAAGUGGUAGUCACUCACCAGAAAACCCUAUUUGAGGUUGGUGCCUGGGAACAUAAUGAAUCCGGGAAAAACUGCACCGUGAGCUCAUCUUUUAUUCAAAGUCAGUCUAGCAAAAAAGCCUUUGAGUGUAGUGAGUGUGGAAAAGUCUUCUCUAAGAAUUCAACCCUUAAAAAACACCAGAAAAUUCAUGCUGAUAAACCUAAUGAAAAUCUGAAAACUCCUAUUAAAGAGAAGCGAUAUGAAUGUAGAGAAUGUGGGAAAGCCUUUCACCAGAGUACACACCUUAUUCAUCACCAAAGAAUUCACACUGGUGAAAAACCUUAUGAAUGUAAGGAAUGUGGCAAAGCCUUCUCGGUUAGCUCCUCCCUUACUUAUCAUCAGAAAAUUCAUACUGGAGAGAAACCUUUUGAAUGCAACUUAUGUGGAAAAGCGUUUAUCCGAAGCAUACACCUUGCCCAUCAUUAUAGAAUACAUACUGGAGAGAAACCUUUCAAAUGUAAUACAUGUGAAAAAGCCUUUGUUUGCAGGGCGCAUCUUACCAAACACCAGAAUAUUCAUAGUGGAGAAAAGCCCUAUAAAUGUCAUGAAUGUGGGAAAGCCUUUAAUCAGAGUACAAGUUUUCUUCAGCAUCAAAGAAUUCACACUGGAGAGAAACCCUUUGAAUGUAAUGAAUGUGGAAAGGCCUUCAGGGUGAACUCAUCCCUUACUGAACAUCAAAGGAUUCAUACUGGAGAGAAACCUUAUAAAUGUAAUGAGUGUGGGAAAGCUUUCAGGGAUAAUUCCUCCUUUGCUCGACAUCGGAAAAUUCAUACUGGAGAGAAGCCAUACAGAUGUGGUUUGUGUGAAAAAGCCUUCAGGGAUCAAUCAGCCCUUGCCCAACAUCAGAGAAUUCAUACUGGGGAAAAACCUUAUAUGUGUAAUAUAUGUGAGAAGGCAUUCAGUGACCAUUCAGCUCUUACUCAACAUAAGAGAAUUCAUACUAGAGAAAAACCUUACAAAUGUAAAGUCUGUGAAAAAGCCUUUAUCCGAAGCACACACCUUACUCAACAUCAGAGGAUUCACACAGGAGAAAAACCCUAUAAAUGUAAUAAAUGUGAGAAAGCUUUCAACCAAACUGCAAAUCUCAUUCAACAUCAGAGGCAUCAUAUUGGAGAAAAAUGAUAAUGAUUGCAAUUUAUAUGGAAAAGUUUUGAGACAGUAUAUCAAUUAUUAAAUGUAAGAAAAUCCAUUCUAGAGGAAAUGAAAGCUUACAUCAAGAUAGUCAUUUUAUUUAUCAAGAGUCAAGCUUCAAAAUAUUGUGUGUUUAGGGAAUUUGAGAAUGGCAAACACUC